AAAAUAAAUAACUAAAUAAAUAAAUAAAAAGGCUUAUUAGCCCUCUAUCCAUUUUCCCCCUCUUCGUCUCUACUCUUGAAAUCAACAUUUUAGACAAAAUGGCAUCUUUCAUGAGUAGGACAGCCCUUUUCCUCCUCCUUUCCGCGGUGGCCUUGUUCGCAGCCGAGGCCAUCCCGGCCUCUCGCAACUUCCACGUGGUCCAGCACCGCCUAGACCUCGCGGCGGAAAUCAGCAAGUUCUGCCAAAGCACCCAAAACGCCACCCUUUGCACUAAAAUACUCCAACCAUAUGAAGGUAUUCACUUCGACCAAUUCAAGGCCCUUGACAUCACCCUUGACGCCACCAGUGAACAAGCCAAGUUAACCCUGGCCGCCAUAGAAAGCUUGUUCUUCAAGAAAGGUCUAUCAAAGUCCACAAAGGACUCGCUCAAGAUUUGCAAGGAUCAGUACAAGAGCAUCUUGGGUUCCAUCAAGGAGGCCAAAGCUAUGGUGGCUACCAAAAAUGUUAUCGAGGCAAAGUACAAGGUUUCCGCUGUUAUCUCCUUCUAUGAAGCGUGCAGCGACUCCUUCGACAUUGGCGAGACGAUCCCUUUCGCCGCCCAAUCUGAACCCGUUUUCCAGAUUGGUGGCAACUGCUUGGACAUUCUUGCCGCCAUGGAGAAAGCUCUUCCUGCUACACCUGUUGUCAUGAACUCACCUCCUUCUCCGUACAGCAACGUCAUUGGAACCAUCUCAUAAAUUUCUUGGAUUCGUCAAUCAUCAUGCCUUUCGGUUGUUGGAACCGAUCAUAUAUGCAUAUAUAUUUUAUCCAUAGGUGUACGUUGAAAUCAGCUACUAAAAUCAGCUAUUAGUAUAAAAUACAUGUUAGAAUAUAUAUUCACUAAAAUUGAGUUAAACAUAUUUGUAUUCGUAUAUAAAUAUAUGGUAGCUGAUUUUAGUGUACAGAAAAUAUUCUUGUAUAUGUAUACUUGUUCUAUUGCAUUUUGUUAUUAACUUUGGCAGAGAUCAUAUUAUUUAAUUCA